ACAGAGAGAGAGAGAGAGAGAGAGAGAGAGAGAGAGAGAGAGAGAGAGAGAGAGAGAGAGGGGGGGCAGGCUUCACCUUCAGCGUGGCUGUGGAUGUGAGGAGCUCCUGAAGCCCGCAGAGCUUCUCCCGGACCUGAAAGAAGCGAGCUGCAGCAGACCGAGCACUUUAACACUCCGCAUUUAAGAAGAAAAGCAGCGGACUUUGUCGGUCUUUUCAUCCUCAUUAAUCCUCCUCCUCCAACUGUCUCUCUCCAUAACUCUCUCGGACAGGAGCGUUUCAUGCUCGGAGAGGGAGCGACCUCCUGCUCGGAGCUCGUGCCGGCCUCCCACACUCCCCCGGCGGGCUGAGAGGAGCUGCUGUCCCCGGCGUGAGCUGCUAUGUUGGGGUGAAGUGCGCCGGCAGCGCGGCCGGACACGCGGACGCUGGGAGCAUGGCUCUGCUGCCGCUGGUUCUCUGGGUGCUCACGAGUCUCACCUGCACGGACCUGAUCCAGGUGUCCGCCAACAGACACUCCGUCUACUGGAACAGCUCCAACAUACAUCUUCGCAGGGAAGGCUACACAAUGCAGGUGAAUGUCAACGACUACCUGGACAUCUACUGCCCUCAUUACAAUGACAGCCAGCGCAUGGUGGGCACCGGGGAGCAGUAUGUCCUCUACAUGGUCAGUUACCGCGGUUACAGGAACUGCGACCCGCAGAUGGGCUUCAAGAGGUGGGAGUGUAACCGACCCCAUGCACCGCAUGCGCCCAUCAAGUUCUCAGAGAAGUUCCAGCGUUACAGCGCCUUCUCGCUGGGCUACGAGUUCCAUGUGGGACAAGAGUACUACUACAUCUCCACACCCACCCAUCACCACGGUCGCAGCUGUUUGAGAUUACGAGUGUACGUGUGUUGCUCCACAGCGUCUGAUGCGGACGAUGAGCCAGAGCCCACAGAACCAGACUACACACUUAGACCAGGCCUAAAAAUUGAUGAUAUCGAUGAAUUUAACCCUUUUGUACCCAAGCUGGAGAAGAGCGUCAGCGGAAGCAGCCCAUCGAGGGAUCGCCUAGUCCUCACAGUGACGAUGCUACUCCUGGUUGCUGCCUUUGUCUCCUAGCAACGGCCAUCCCAUCAGUGUCACCAUGCCAACUAGCCUUGGGAGGGUGUACAGUGUCAGCGGGCAGGAGAGGGUCAUUAGGAGAGGAGUAAAGAGGAGAGGUGCAGAUCCCACAAAAAGACCAAAAGGCAAACGGAGAAAGACUUUGAAAUGAGACUUUUCAAAUAUCUCGGUGUGUGAGUUUGAGUGUGUGUGUGUGUGUGUUUGUGUGUGUGUGUGUGAGGGAGCUGAAAGGCCUUCAGGCUCUCACUGACACAGAUUGAGCUUCAUAUGGCUGUGCACGAGAACAGGCCACAGUCUGAGCAUGUGGAAACCUGCACAUUAAUACAAACUGCAGACGAGCUUGAUUUCAUUUGAAGACUGUGGGUCUGAUUGGCUGCAACACUUCCUUUGGGCUAGUUGCUACAAGACACAAAUUGAACUCAAAUGAACUGUUUCCAGCUGAAGUAAAAUCGCCUUUUUUGUUGUUGUUGAUUUGGAGUGGGAACUUGUCUCAGUCCAUGACAGAAGAACAACCACCCGAUGUGUUGGAACUGUGCUGGUCCUGUAGGAAAUCUAGUCAGAGUACCGUAGCUGAUAGUUCACAAACACACCGCUGGACUCCAGACGCCAGAAUUUUCAUUUCCACUCCGCUGUGUCAUCCUGCGCUCACCGUCAGUGUCCAUAUGCAUCUGUAACAGGAGCGGACGCAGUCAGGGGAAAAUAAAGAGCAUUAAAGUGAUGAAUUACUCAGUGAAAAUGGAGGGGAAAAGAUUCAGAUGUGCCAUUGACACAGACACUGCUUGUUGCGGCGUUACUUUUUCCAUCCUGUCUUUGAAAUACUCCAUUAGUCAACUCUGAGGUUAAUGAAACACACAGUGACCCACCUCGGUCUGUACGCUCAGUAAUACCGCCCUCCUCCCAGCUGUCUGGAAAGUCCAAGUACAGGACGAUGAGGCGAGGAAGAGGAGCAGGGAGGAGGGAGGAAGAGCCUCAUCCACGGACCGGUCCAGAGUGGGAUGCCUGGUGUAGCACCCGCUGUGACAUCCGCGUUCAGUCGCUCGUUCUCACCUGUCAAACGAUGAAGGUUUUCUGUUACUCUGUGUGUUUGUGUGUACGUGCCUCAGUGUGAGACCAACAGUGACAAUAUUUGCAGCAGUUACCAUCAGCCUGAAAACACAUCCACAUACUGUACAUCUUUCUUAUAAGUCUGAAAAUGCAAAACUUAAAAAAAAAAAAAA